CUUGCUUUCCAUCUAGCGGAGGGCUCGGGAACGCUUCAUUCUGAAAGAUGGCGUUGGUCAGACUUGUGCUGCAAUAUCUCGUUGAGAUUCUCGUGUUCCCGGUGACUGUUUUUCAGUGCAUUGGAAUAUGGGACCCGCUGUACAAAAAAUUUUUCCCGAAUCUCAUGUACAGAUUCACGAUCGACAUAAACAAGAAGAUGGCCAAAAUUAAGAAGGAACUCUUCGACAAGCUGCCAGAAUUCGCUAGUUCCUCGGGACUCACUGUCUUGGAACUGGGUUGCGGCUCUGGUGCUAACUUUCAGUUUUUCCCCUGGGGCAGCAAAGUCAUAUGCGUCGAUGUGAAUCCCAACUUCAAGAGCUUCUUGAAACAAAGCGCAGCCGAGAACAAGCACAUUAGGAUGGAAAAGUUUAUUCAGGCAAGCGGCGAGGACAUGGGCCUAGUGGCAAGUGGGUCGAUCGAUGUUGUGGUCUGUACCUUGGUCUUGUGCAGCGUUCAAAACAUUGACUUGGUGUUGGAAGAGGUUAUACGCGUGCUGAAACCGGGCGGUGCAUUUUUCUUUAUUGAGCACGUGGUUGCGGAGAAAACAAAGUGGCGGCACUUCUUUCAACAUGUAUUCCAGCCAGCGUGGCGUUAUUUUGGGGAUGGGUGCCUUCUGACCAGUGAAACUUGGACAAACCUCGAAAAAGCCAAAUUCUCAAAGUUGAAUAUGAAGCAUAUCUGUGAGCCCUUGGGAUUCAAUUUGAUUUAUAACCAUGUUGUUGGAUAUGGAGUUAAAUGAGAAGCUAGUCACUGGGAGAUCAUAUCUCAGAUGAUUGUCUUUUGAUUAUGCAUUACAAAUUUCUUCUAUAGCUGUCAUUGCAAAUAAUAGAUUUAACACACACAAAAUGCUGCAGGAACUCAGCAGGUCAGGUAGCAUAUAUGAAAAUGAAUGAAAGUCGACAUUGCGGGCCAGGACAAAACAUCGGCUGUUCAUUCAUUUCCAUAGAUGCUGCUUGACCAGCUGAGUUCCUCCAGUAUUUUGUGUAUGUGUGUUGCUUUGGAUUUUCAGAAUCAGCAGAAUUCCUUAAGUUUAUGAAUCUUAGAAGUUACAGGUCCUCUCCAAGUUACAGCAGGGUUCCGUUCCUGAGAACCAUCCAUAAUCCAAACAGUUUGUGAGCAGGGAAAGCAGCCACAAACUGAGUUCCAACCUGGCAAAAAGCGGCCAGCAAAUCCAUCCCACCGGUCUGCCAAACACUCGAUCAUAUGUACAGACUGUACUUACGGCAGGUAAUUCUUGAGGACGACCUGUAAUUGUGGUUUAGAUUAGUUUUAAGUGAAUCUUUUAAAAUUGUGUCAUGUAGAGAGAAAUUUCUGUAUAACUUUUUUCAAAUGUAAUCAAGUGAGGUACAUGGUCCAUUUGUGGCAUCACAUUAGAGCUUUGUUAGUUUUGAUAUUUAAUUACAUCAAUAAAUAUUUAACUCCAUA